CCCGCCCAGCCAGCUCGCGGCCGCGCGCAACAGGCCGUGCGGGGUUUGCAUUCCCUUCUUGCUUGAAGACAGACAAUGCCAAAGAAAGUGAAGCCUGCAGGGAAUGGGAAGGAAGAGAGUCCUGUUCCCUGUAAGCAGGUGAAAGUGGAGGCAGCUGGUGGACCUUCCACCUUAAACUUUGAGAGCCCCAGUGGUCUCUUUGAAAGUCUGAUUUCACCCACCAACAUAGAGACAUUUUUCAAGGAAUUCUGGGAGCAGAAGCCACUUCUCAUUCAGAGGGAUGACCCUGCAGUGGCAGCAUACUACCAGUCCUUAUUCAGGCUGACAGAUUUGAAGAGUCUGUGCAGCCAGGGUAUAUACUAUGGAAGAGAUGUGAAUGUCUGUCGGUGUGUCCAUGGGAAGAAGAAGGUUUUAAAUAAAGAUGGAAAAGCACACUUCCUUCAGCUGAGAAAAGAUUUUGAUCAGAAAAGGGCAACAAUUCAAUUUCACCAACCUCAGAGAUUUAAGGAUGAGCUUUGGCGGAUCCAGGAGAAGCURGAAUGUUACUUUGGUUCUUUGGUUGGCUCCAAUGUGUAUAUAACUCCUGGAGGAUCUCAGGGCCUACCUCCCCACUAUGAUGAUGUUGAGGUUUUCAUCCUGCAGCUGGAGGGAGAGAAGCACUGGCGCCUUUACAAACCCACAGUGGCCCUGGCACGUGAGUACAGCGUGGAGGCUGAGGCCAGGAUUGGCACUCCAACACAUGAGUUCACAUUAAAGCCAGGUGAUUUGUUGUACUUCCCCAGAGGGACCAUUCAUCAGGCGGAUACUCCUUCAGGGCUGACCCACUCUACUCAUGUGACCAUCAGCACCUACCAGAACAAUUCAUGGGGAGAUUUCCUUCUGGACACCAUUUCAGGGCUUGUKUUUGAUACUGCAAAGGAAGAUAUAACAUUACGGACUGGAAUACCCCGGCAGCUGCUCAUGCAGGUGGAAACCACAACAGUUGCAACAAGAUUAAGUGGCUUUUUGAGGACUCUUGCAGACCGGCUGGAAAGCACCAAAGAACUGCUUUCAUCAGACAUGAAGAAAGAUUUUGUUAUGCACAGACUCCCCCCUUACUACACGGGAGAUGGAACAGAGCUGUCGACACCAGGUGGAAAAUUACCAAGGUUGGACAGCAUAGUGAGUCUGCAGUUUAAGGACCACAUCAUUCUCACASUAGGGCCAGAUCAGGAUCCAUCUGAUGAAGCUCAAGAAAAGAUGGUUUACAUCUAUCAUUCUCUAAAGAAUAGGAGAGAAAUACACAUGAUGGGAAAUGAGGAGGAAAUAGAGUCUCAUGGACUUCGUUUCCCUUUUUCACAUGUGGAUGCACUGAAGCAAAUUUGGAAUAGUUCAGCAAUUUCUGUCAAGGACCUGAAGCUUACUACAGAUGAGGAAAAGGAAAGCCUGGUAUUAUCCCUCUGGACAGAAUGUUUGAUCCAAGUAAUCUAGUGAUGUUAUAGAAUCAAAUAACUGCUAUUUUACAUGCUCAUUUUUAAAAUUUUUUUUAAUGGGAAGUUGGGUAGGAGAAAAUUGUCAACUGUCCUUACUUAUUAAUAUAUGGGAACAUGGAAGGGGRAAAAAAAAAAACAGGAAAUUACAAGGUGUCCCAGAAUGUGACAAAACUAUAUUUUUGACAAAUUUAUUUAAUCCAGUGUGGUAGAAAAGGCACAACUCCAAAAAUGUAUGAUGUAGAACUAAAAUGUCAUUAACCUUUGUUCUUUGGAAAUAACUUCUUUAAUGCGCCUUCUUGGCUCUAGAACAAUUUUUAAAAUAUUAACAUGAAAAUUUUUAAGUUUUUUUUUUUUACAAUGAAAAUAUACAUACCUUGGUGUAUACACAAGCUUCCCUGUUAAAAUAAAGUUAUCCCUAUAACAUUAGUCUCAUUAAAUAAUACAGCCACACCCAUGGGAGGCACUCAACAUCUAUGGACUUGARAAAGUUUUUAGAUUCUGCUUAAAAGAUGACAAAAGCCUGAGAUUUCAGGGGGAAAAAAUAUUUACAUGGAAACACCAAGUCUAUAAAAAAUACUCAAAAUAGUGGGUCUUGAGUUUAAAAUAUUGUUAUUUUUACAUUCUAAAGUGCAUAUAGGUUGAUAUUUUUWAAAAUAUCAUUAGAGAAUUUAAUCUUUCUAUAUAAAAAUAGAGUAUUUUUCUGCAUUCUGGCAAAAGUUGGGAAUGAAAGAAACAGUUGUCUCAAGGUACAUUUAAAUCCAUCUCAGGAAGGAAAAUGCUUGUGAAUUGUGCUGUUAAAGGUGGUAAUGAUUAUUGGAAACUAAGUAAAAAUUAUUUCCUGAUUUUGCUUUAAUAUAAGCUAUUUAAAAUGGGAGUGAAAACUAGUAGAGAAAUCAACUGCACCUUUACUUGAAAAGUAAAUUUGGACAGAGUUUUAUU